AUGGCCUCCUCUGGAGUCUACAAGCUGGAUGAAGGGAAGCCUUACGUCAGCAACUGCUUUCCAGCCAAAAGUCUACUUCGGAUACCAGAGGAAGGACUAGGACAUUGGUUAGUGACUCGGAAAGGUAACCUCAAGAAGAAGCCCAAGGGAAUGGUUGAGGCACCCACUGAAGGUCAGGAAUGCCCAAAGAAGGUUUCUUUUGAUGGUGUGGGGAAGAAAAGGAUUCAGCGGGAAAGUCAAGGGGACGUUCCUGGACAUCUCCUGGAUCGUGCUUUUCUGCUGAAGCACCACCAUGUGAGGAAACCAUCAGACCUGUGCAGCAUCAACGUGAGUGGAUUGAAGUUAUCCCAGGUGAAGGAAAAGGACUUCAAGCACUUUACUUCUGUGAUUUAUAUCAAUGCCUCAGAAAACCUGCUCCCUCUCGAGGCAUUUCACUCAUUUCCAGCCUUAAAGGAACUGGAGCUCGCAUUUAAUGGCAUCAAGAGAGUCUACGUGAAAUAUGGAGACUUUAAGUUAUUAGAAUUCUUGGACCUUUCCUUCAACAGCCUGACUUCAGAGGCCAUCUGUGAUCUGGGGAUUCUGCCACGCCUCCGUGUCCUGCUCCUCACAGGCAAUGGGCUCACCUCCCUGCCACCCAAUUUGGCUGUUACCGAACAGGAAGCACCCAUAACAUCGCUGACAAGCAAGAAGUAUAUCCUGAGGUUCCCGGCACUGGAGACACUGAUGCUGGAUGACAACAAACUCUCCAACCCCAAUUGCUUUGCCAGCCUGGCAGGGCUCAGGAGACUGAAGAAGUUAAGCCUGGACCAAAACAGGAUUUUCCGGAUCCCGUACCUACAGCAGGUUCAGCUCCGUGAUGGGUCAGGGGACUGGGUUGGAAGCCAUAUAAGUCCCCAGAAAGAGUCCCAGUGCACACUGCAGCCCAAAUCGUGGAUCUAUGAGCCCUCAGAUGAGCAACCGGACUAUACCAUACUGCCCAUGAAAAAGGAUGUUGACCGGACAGAGGUUGUGUUCUCAUCUUACCCAGGAUUUUCAACCUCAGAGACAACCAAGGUAUGUUCACUUCCACCCAUAUUCGAGAUUCUUCCAGUGAAGUCACUGAAGGCCAGGAACCAGACACUGGCCCCACCCUUCCCGGAGCUGAGGUACCUUAGCCUGGCCUACAACAAGAUCGCAAGGGAGGAUGCCAUUCUGCCAGUAGCUCUCUUUCCAUCUCUCUGUGAGCUCAUCUUUCAUAACAACCCUCUGGUGGCCCACACACGAGGYGUCCCUCCACUGCUAAAGAGCUUCCUCCAGGAGCGACUGGGGAUCCACUUAAUUCGAAAGAAGGUAGUAAAGGCUAAGCAUCACAUUUUGAUGCCUCGGAAGGAAACGCGGAAGGUGAAAACCCAAAUCCCCAAGGUGCCAAAGCAGCCUCUGGUGCCCCGUCACCAACCUUUGACUACAAUCAAGUCUCUCUCAAGGGACACACCUGAGGCAGAGCUGCCGGAAGAGCUGCACCCCGCCAGGAGCACCUCUCUGAAGGCACAGAUAGCCAUGGAGGGGCUGGAAGGCCCCAACCUGCCCUGUCGGACUUUUGUGCCUCUGCCUCCCAUCUGCUCUGACUCCACUCUGCAUAGUGAUGACACGAGGUCCCACGUGAGCGAUGUAGCCAGCCAUCCCAGCCCAAGUCACCUGUCAGAAGAGGACACCAAGAGCACAGAGUCCAUCUUCCUGACCCAGGUGAGUGAGCUGCCUUCCCACAUGACCCACAGGGGUGAUUUACAAGUGAAGGAGAAAGACCAAAGGAGACCAGCCACAGCACCCAGAGAGAUGAAGAGGACUCGGAGGAAGCUCCCCUCUACCUCCAUCCCCAGCAAGUACCAUGGCUAUGAGGAUCUGCUGACAGCUCAGCCGGAUUCAGCCUUCAUCGAGCCAAAGGGCAUCCAGAAGAACGCACAGGCCCUGCAGCACAUGCUGAAGCACCCUCUCCUCUGCCACCCCUCCAAGCCCAAGCUGGACACUAUUCAGAAACACUAUGUCCCUAAGGAGAAGCGGGCUCAGAGGAUCCCAAUCCCAGCCCAACGGAAGACUCGAACCCAGAUGUUGGACGACAUCCUCAUUCGCAUGCGGGAUCCCCGGAACGUUACGGAGGCUCCACUAGGCGCUGUGUUGCGCCGGCGCGCAGACCAGCGCCUGGUGAACCAGAAGCAGUACCUGGAGGCCAAGCGGCUGCUGAAGGAAUACCGCGCGCGCUACCGGCAGCUUGUGCGCGGCUCGCUGCGUAAAGUGUUCCGGGCCACCCCGCCGCCCCAGGAACCCCCGGCGCUGCAAGAGAGCCAGCCCAAGUUUGGCCGUUUCCUUGAGUUCAUGGAUGAGUUCUGCCAGGAAUCCACGGCCAGUGACUUAAAAGGCUAG